AUGUCACAAUUCCACGUGGUUCACUACUCUUCAAGUUUGCGAAAGCACUCAGAAAAGAGCGAGAUGGCAGACAAAUCAGCUUUCGUGCCAGUCGAUGCAAUCGGAAAUCACAAGAACACCGAUCUGGACGUGGACAUUGAUGACGAAUUGUUCGGAAAGAAACCACCAAAAGCGACAGCAAGUGCGACUAAAGCGGCGGCUCCACCGGCUCCAGCACCGCCAUCUGUCAUCAAGGCACCAACUUCUCCAGCUCCGAAACCUGCUGCAGCUGCUCCGGCUGCUGGAAAGUAUCAAUACAAGAAAUCGACAACUUACCAGAAGACGUAUGCCAAGUAA